AUGAGAUUCCUGAUUAUCUGCCUGUGUGUUGCCCUGGCCAAUGCCGGCCUAGCACCGCUGCUCACGUCCAACGACCGGUCAGUACCGAACAGCUGGAUAAUUAAGAUCAAGGAUUUUGACGAAGUGGACCACGUUGCUGAUGAGAUCGCCAGCCGUUUCAAGCGGAUGCUUCUCCCGCCCCCACGAGCGACCAAGAUCCGCUACGUCCUGCCGGCCCUCACGCUGCAAAUCCCAGCUCGGCUCAUCGACGAUAUUCGUUCAAUUGAGGGUAUUGAGUACAUCGAACAGGACAGCUUCGGCACGCUGUAUGGCACACAGGUCAACCCAAUUUGGAACCUGGAUCGAAUCGAUAGUCGUACUGGAACUGAUGGCUAUUACAACUACAAUGAUAACGUUCAAGGGAAAGGGGUCAACGUUUACAUCAUGGAUACCGGCAUCCAGACUCGACACAAGGUGUUCACGAGUCGCGCCUCCGUGCUCUACGGAGACGAAGACAGCAUCGGGCACGGAACGCACGUCGCUGGCACGGCGGCCGGGGCGACGUAUGGGAUCGCCCGCGAAGCCAACGUGUACAGUCUCAACGUGUGUAACAUGUUCAGCUACUGCCCGAAGAGUACGGUCGUUGAAGGUCUGCAAGCUGUGCGUGAGCACGGGGGUACCAGUGGCGGUGUGGUUUCCAUUUCUCUUGGUUGGUCCCAAUCCGAGACCAUCAACACAGCGGUGAAGGAGAUGGUCACUGCCGGCUAUGUGGUGUCUGUCGCGGCAGGGAAUUCUAACAUCGACGCAUGCAGUGUCUCGCCUGCCUCGGUCAACGAGGUAAUCACCGUCGGAGCGGUAGACGAUUCAGACACCCGGGCAGGCUUCUCAAAUCACGGUGCGUGUCUCGACAUCUUCGCGCCUGGGGUCGACAUCGUCAGUUCUACCAAUAGUGACUACAGCUUUAGUGCUACCAAGAUAAUGUCCGGAACGUCCAUGGCUUGCCCUCACGUGACGGGCGCCGUGGAACUGUUCUUGGGUCAGAACCCAGGCGCAACACCAGCAGAAGUCAAAACAGCAUUGCUGAAUGACGCAACCAGUGACGUCAUUCCGGACACCAAAGGCUCGCCCAACAAACUUCUCUAUAUUAGUGUAAUAUUAGGUCCAAUCAUCGGAGGAGUGGUUUGGGACCAUCGAAGAAUGACACGUGUUUGA